AUGGUUCGUCAGAGAACAGAUACCGGGAACCCGCCACCAAAACGGCGAAGACUUAACAGCGCUACCGACGAUCAAUCCGAUCGAGAAUCUACCCAUAACGAAUCGUCAUCCUCCGACGAGCUCGCCGCUACCUCCGAUUACGAACUGGAGCGACGCAGAGCAAGUUGGUCAGCUAAAAAAGCAGUACCCAGUCAACGAAAAUACAAAAACCAGUCACAUAGUCCAAAUGGCGCAGAUAGUCCAGACGAACUCUCUAUGGAUGCAGAUGGACCAUGGAAUCGCAAUACGCGGGAACAAUCGCCUAUCAAGGAUGAGUCGGCAGAGUCAGAUCAACAAACGAGAGAAGAAGAACCCGGCGAUUAUACUCCGGCAAAUGGCGACACGAAUAAUAUAGAGUCUCAGGAUGCGCACUCUCCUGAACAAUUCGAGCAACCGACGUCUGAGCCUGCACCACCUCCUCCACCCCCGAAGCCAGAUCGUGUCAAUUAUGUACAAAAGCAUUUAUUAAAGGGUCAUAUUCGCGGUGUCUCUGCUGUGCGAUUCUCUCCUGAUCGAACUAUGAUCGCUAGCGGAGGAGCUGAUGGCACAUUGAAAGUCUGGGACACACUAACAGGAAAACUCAUACACUCAUUCGAAGGACAUUUAGCAGGAAUAUCGACAGUCGCAUGGAGUCCAGAUAACGAGACUAUCGCUACGGGUUCAGACGACAAGACGAUUCGAUUGUGGAAUGCGUUGACUGGGAAAGCCCACCCGAGGGCGUUCAGUGGCCACCAUAAUUACGUUUACUCAAUUGCGUUUUCUCCUAAGGGGAAUAUACUUGCUAGUGGAUCCUACGACGAGGCUGUUUUCUUAUGGGAUGUCCGGACGGCUAAGGUUAUGCGGUCCUUGCCUGCUCAUUCGGACCCUGUGGCCGGUAUCGAUGUAUGCCACGACGGUACGCUUGUCGUCUCCUGUUCGUCAGAUGGACUAAUUCGAAUUUGGGACACGAUGACGGGACAAUGCCUGCGCACGCUCGUCCACGAAGACAAUCCUCCCGUCAUGGCAGUUCGCUUCUCGCCCAACAGCAAAUACGUCCUUGCCUGGACCUUGGACGACUGUAUCCGAUUAUGGGAUUAUGUUCAAGGACGAUGCAUAAAAACAUAUCAAGGGCACAUCAAUCGCAAAUACAGUCUGUGCGGGAGCUUUGGCACGUACCAAGCCCCUCAUGGACCGUCACAUGCAUUUGCGGUCAGUGGUAGCGAAGACGGUGCAUUGGUAUGUUGGGAUGUUGUUGAUAAAAAUAUCUUACAGCGAAUCGAAGGUCAUACUGAUGUCGUUCUGGGAGUUGAUACCGCCGAACUCAAUGGGAGAAGACUCCUAGCUAGCUGUGGAUUGGAUAGAACGAUUCGCGUGUGGGAAGAGGUUACCAGUGAAGCUGGUGAGAAUGAUAAAUGGGAAUCAUCGCAGACGAUACUGUACAAUGGCGAUGAAAAAAUGGAUUUAACGACCGAUGAGCCUAUGGCACUGGCAUCUGAAAACGUUGCCAUGGAGGCUCAUGAUGAGGCUCAAGAUACCGGUUAA